AUGGGGCUGUUGUGGCCCCUUCAACACGGUAUGAAUGGACAAACACUUACAUCUGACAUAGUAACCUCCAUAAUUGGACAGAAGUAUUCCAUCAAAGCUAAGAUUCCCUCAGAACCACUUGUAUCAGAAGGAUUUACAGGCAUUUCUCCAAAGCAUGCUAACAGAAAAAGUGACCCGAGAAAGAUUAGUUCUCCUCUGUUUGAAAGAGAACAGAAGAUAAAUGAAGAAAUUGUAUCAUUAGAGAUUUUAAAGCCUAGUGAAGUUAUCUACUCUGAGGAAAAAUCAUUGGACAGUCCAGGUGGAGACUCACUUCCACCAAUCAUGACUGCAGUGGUACAGGAGUGUGAAGCAGAACUGGAUACGGUAGCUAUAAUGCCCACAGAGCAGGUGGUCACAGCCUAUGCUCGAGCAGUUACUCUCACAGAGGAUGACGUAGCGGUGGCUAAAUGUAAUGUCACGUCGGCCACCCUUGUAGACGAGAACGAUCAGGCUGUAAUGCAAGUGCAGGAUGAAGAUGAUACAUUUUGGCAUACUUCGCAAGGAAAAUUUAAAUUCACCUUGGAUGAGUUACCAGUUCAACUGCAGUUGUUGUAUUUCAUGUUGCAAGAAUUAGCUAACUUUGAUGAUCCAGAUGUUCUCUGCCAUUUGCUUUCUUGCCUGAAACUGAUGUGUCUUCAUGCUGAAGUCCUGAACAAAGCAGCUCAGGACCACAAAGGCUUCUUAAUAUGGUGUCAAGAAAAUCUUCUUGUUGAGAGCAUGUGGAAGCUUCUGCAAACAGAGUUUUCCCACAUAUCCCAGAUUGCUGUCCCGUUGCUGUUACAUUGUGUUACACUACCCUCUGGUGCUGACAUGUUUUGGAAAGCUGUUGAAGAAGGCUUUCAUAGUAAAAGCUGGAGGACAAGAUUUGCUGCAG